UUGAUUUUGUUUGAAGCGUCGCCACAGUCAAAAUGGGCAGAUCGUGAACUGAAAAACCAAAAUAACAAAGAUAAACAAUGUGUAAAUAAGUGUCAAUAAAUUAAAACGAAUAACGAAUCGACUAAUAACCAACGUUAACACGCCAACACGAUACAAUAAAUUAAAACAAAAAGCGAAAAUACAAAAACGAUGGGUUCGAUUGUGUUGCGAUCGCUUUCCGUGCUGUUAGGACUGUUUUUCAUAUUCGUGGGACUCCUCAAAAUAUCCAAUUACAUUUCGAAGGACCUGCACAAAGAUCUGAGAAAGGAGUACGUGAAAUAUGCGAAAGUAUUUCCCUUCGCCGAAACGUUGAACUUCAAGAUACCAUCGAAAUGGUAUCGACGAACCAUCGGAGCCUUAGAGAUAAUAUGUGGAGUUGCAAUGGCAUUCAUACCAACAUCAAAAAUUAAAAACGGUGCCAACAUAUGCCUCCUAGUACUGACGCUGAUGGCUGUGUACUCCCAUUACAUGGUGAACGAUCACCUGGAGCGGACGGCCCCCGCACUGGUCUUCCUCUUCAUGCUGUGCGGAAGACUGGUCGUCUACUAUCAAGUGCAGAAACGCGAAGCCGAAAAAAUUGAAGCGACCACCAACGGUAUCAAACAGGAAUAAACGUAUCGCCACAUCGUAUUAAAAUAAAAGUUGCGUCCAAAAACGAUUAUUAAAAAAAAUAGCCCAGACUUCAAUGUAGCCUUAACGUCGUACCGAAGCGGAGUCUUCGUUAUUUUUAUUUUUGGAUACAGAGAAUAGGGUACUGAAAUCGGAAAUGUUGGAUCAAAAUUUUUUUGAUAUAGGUUUGAUGGAAUUUGAGUUUAGCGAAAUAUACCAUUACAGUAUAUUGUUUGUUCGUUUAAGUAUCAUAGUAAAGUGCUUUGAACCCGACACUGUUACAUGUGUUUUAAGGAAUGUUUAAUUGCAUUACACAAUAAUUAAUAUUAUCGAAGUUAGCAGAUUUGCUGUUUAAAGACUGUUUUUUAAAUAAUAAUUGUAACUAUUUCAAAAGUACAUAACAGUGCCAGGGUCUCAUCGUAUUGUAAUGAUGUAACCGAAAAAGUUCAAAAGUAAUAUUAUGUGUUUCAGUGUAGAAUGUGAAUGUAACUAGUCUUCAAAUUGUUUAGGUAUUUUUCGCUUUCAUUCGGAAUGUGGUAGACUACUUUGUAAAACGAGCACUUUCUUUGUUAUUUUUAUACAUUUAGGCAAUAUUUUGGUGUAUAAAUUGUUAAUCAUCUAGGUAAAUAAGUUCGGCACUGCCAUUUGUGGCCAUAAAACGUUAAAUAAAGCCAUUAUACCGUA